AAAUUUGAAAUACUUGGGAGAUCCUUUACGUGUUUUAUAAAAGUAGUAAAAAACGUUGUUUUCGCCUAUUUUGAUCCUUGUAGCAAGUAAUAAGUCAGUAAGCAAAACUUGUUGCUAAUAUUCAAGGCCAACUAUCCGAAAACAACGUGCAACUAUGUGUUGUUUUUAAGCCUUAUCUUUCGACUUUUAAUUGAUUAGUGGCGGUUUAUUAUGCUGCUCUCAGCUUUUUAUCACACAAUUCCUAGAACGAAAUUGAUCAGCGAUUUAUCUCAUAGUAGCCAUGGAUGAAACAGAUAAAAUGGAAAAGAAAAUCAACUAUAAAAAGUUGUACGUCACGAAACACAAAGGCAUUCAUUAUUACCCGAAAACUAUUCCGAAAGAAAGAGACCCCUUACCACAAAUAUUACUCUUGUUGAUUAGCUUCGGUUUAUUUUUAUGCGACUAUUUUACCGAUUCGAAACCAUUUUCAACGGUUGUCUUUCUUUAUUCAUCGGCCUCGCUGUUUUCAAUCUUCCUGCAGUACUUCUACAGGCUGGUCCUAAUUUCCGAAGAAUCCAAGCACCUAAUUUCUCGUUACAAUGGGAGCAUUAUGAAUGCACUAAACGAUAGCAUCUUUCAUUUUAACAAGCGCAUCGUUCCGAUGUUGCUAAUAAGUUUCACAUACAAUUUGUGGUACGUUUUAGUUUACGACUGGGAUUUUGGGGAAGUUUCGAAAAAAAGUUUAAUACUCUGCGUACCGAGCGUCUAUUUUGUAAGCAAGGUUCUUAAAAUCUCCGAUUGUCCAUUGAACGAUUCCUUGUGGGUAGCCGAGGAUAACGGUUUGGAUUACGGUUCGGGCAUGGCCUACUCGUUCUUCCACGGUUAUUUGAACUUGCUUCUACCGAAGACCGGAAGGGAGGAUAAGAACCUGAAGGAGUUCAUGCAGGACUACGAAAGCAAAAAUCAGAUAGCUUUUAAUGUUUACAAGCUGUUUAUUCUGAUACCGGAAUCCAUGACCUGCCCGGUCAGUUUGGAAAACGAAGACUCUUCGCUGCAGGAAAGCAGCUCGUUGGAGGAAAAGGUUAUAACAGUAGCUGGUGUGCAAAAUCGCGUUUAUAAAAACGCUGUUUACAAGAUUAUUUCGGAAAAUGGAGACAGGACGUAUGUAGUAGCUGAAUACGCCACACCGUUGAAGACCUUCAAAGAGGUUUGCAAUAGCAAUGUGCCCCAUUCAGACUAUUACAACAAGCUCAAGAAGGACAUCAUUUUGCAAUUCUACAUUACAUUGAAUGGAGUAUUGGAGGACACAGGUUUGAAUCAGUUUUGUGAACUGGUUUAUUUCAAAGAUACUUACAUUGAUUCUAACGGGGAAUUGCGCUAUCAUGAUGUGGGGAAAAUAAUUCAAGCUAGAAUUAAAGAACUAAGGAAGAAAAAAUGAUUAUUGUGUGGAAAUUUAAACGAAACAGUAAUUAUUUUGAAUUAUAGAUUUAUUUUGAUACAAUAAAAGCACAUUUCAAAUAGGUUAAAAGGAAAUUAAAUAAUCUACAAAUAAACAUUUUGAAAACGACCUUUUCAAAUUUACAAAGUUU